UGUCCCCUCUGAAGGUCCUACCCUAUGGCUGGGAUGAGAGGAGGGAGGCUCAGAGGGCCACACUCUGUGAGCCUGCCCCAGGCAUGCCUGUCUCCGCCUCUCUCUCCAAGGCUGCAGUUUUCCCAGAGCCGGGCUCCCUGCCAGAGACACACAGGCACAGAACAAAAGUAGAGCUGUCAAGAAGUUGGAAGGAAAAGCCGGUGCAUCCCUGCUUCUUGCUCAGAAGUUUCCCAGCUAUGGGGCUCCCCGGGCUGCUGGCCAGCGAGUCUGGACACAAACCUCCACAGCCAAGGUGCCCUCAGAGCUGCCCUUCCUGAGAGCCCCUCGGCCAUCCCUGCAGGCUCUUCCCUAUGGAGCCUACCAGAGUAGACCAUAUCAGACCCACAACAGCUCCACUUGUCCUGACACUCGGCCCAGGAGGUGACCGAAGGUGUCCAGCCAGGACUGAGCAGCAGAGGGAGCCAGGGUGUGCAGGUCUCCCGGCCUUGCGCUGUCGCUGGAGGAUGGAGGCCCUCAAUGUGUCGGUCCCACUCAACUUCUCCCUGCCGCCCAACUUCGGCAAGCGCCCCACCGACCUGGCGCUGAGCGUCAUCCUGGUGUUCAUGCUGCUCAUCAUGAUGCUGUCGUUGGGCUGCACCAUGGAGUUCAGCAAGAUCAAGGCUCACUUCUGGAAGCCUAAGGGGCUGGCCAUCGCCGUGGUGGCGCAGUAUGGCAUCAUGCCCCUCACUGCCUUUGCUCUGGGCAAGCUUUUCCGGUUGAACAAUAUUGAGGCACUAGCCAUCCUGAUCUGCGGCUGUUCCCCUGGCGGGAACCUGUCCAACGUCUUCAGUCUGGCCUUGAAGGGGGACAUGAACCUCAGCAUCGUGAUGACCACCUGUUCCACCUUCAUUGCCCUGGGCAUGAUGCCCCUCCUCCUGUAUGUUUACUCCAGGGGCAUCUAUGAUGGGGACCUGAAGGACAAGGUGCCCUAUGGAGGCAUUGUGUUGUCACUGAUCAUGAUUCUCAUUCCUUGCACCAUAGGCAUCUUCCUCAAUGCCAAAAGGCCACAAUACGUACGCUAUGUCACCAAGGGAGGAAUGGUCAUCAUGCUUUUGCUCAGUGUGGCCAUCACAGUGCUCUCUGUCAUCAACGUGGGCAAGAGCAUCAUGUUUGUCAUGACACCCCACCUGUGGGCCACCUCCUCCUUGAUGCCCUUCAUCGGCUUCCUGCUAGGCUACAUUCUCUCUGCUGUCUUCCGCCUCAAUGAACAAUGCAGGCGCACUGUCAGCAUGGAGACUGGAUGCCAAAAUAUUCAACUCUGCUCCACCAUCCUCAAUGUGACCUUCCCCCCUGAAGUCAUCGGACCACUUUUCUUCUUUCCUCUCCUCUACAUGAUUUGCCAGCUUGGAGAGGGGCUUCUCCUCAUUGUCAUCUUUCGGUGCUACGAGAAAAUCAAGCCUUCCAACGAUAAAACAAAAAUGAUCUACAAAGCUGCCACAACUGAAGAAACCUUUCCAGCGGCUCUGGGAAAUGGCACCCAUAAAGAGGAGUGUCCCCCGCCUUACACAGCCUAGCCUUCCCCCAGUGACCUGGAUUCAGGUCAGAAGACAACUCAGAAGGAAAUGUGGUAAACUACAGAGAAAGAAAGAUGAAAGGAACGCACCAGCAGUGACUGAGUCUGUCUCCAACAUUUCCAGCAGAAACUAGCAGCAGCAUCAAGAGUCUUGGCUGCAGGACAGAUGGGGUGGGGAGGCAGGGGGCGGGGGGGUGUCUAAUUCUAAAAGCCUCGCCUAUCUCCAGCUUAGAAUUUCAUACUUGUUUUUUUUAAAAAGUUAAGACUUGCUCAAUGACAAUCCUUUGAAAGGAACCCAAACUGCCUUUUACCUCUGCAUCCCUAAAACAGUGCCUGCUAGGCAUAUAAAAGUCACUCUUUCUCAUUCUGGCCAGGUGGCUCAGAUGGUUGGAGCUUAAUCCUGUACACCAAAAGGUUACCGGUUGGGGUGCCUCUGGGAGACAGCCAAUUGAUGUAUCUCUCUCUCCCCCUCUCUAAAAUAUCAAUAAACAUAUCCUUGGGUGGGGAUAUUUUUAAAAAGCACUUGAUUUGUGAACUACUCAAAAAAUUUUUCUCAAAAUCAAAUACCCAAAUCCAGUUCCAAGGGGAUUUUGUUUUUAAUAUUUUUAUUGAUUUCAGAGAAGGGAGACAGAAACAUCAAUAAGAAUCAUCUAUCAGCUGCCUCCUACACGCCCCCUACUGGGGAUCAAGCCCACACCGAGGCUUUUACCCUAACUGGGAAUCGAAACCUGACCUCCUGGUUCAUAGGUCAAUGCUCAACCACUGAACCACACUGGCUGGGGCCAUUCCAAGUUUUAUUACUAAAAAAUAAUGCUCAAAGAGCUGCAGGAUUAGUAGACUUCCAAAAAUCCUUUCUAAUAACAUUAAAAAUCCAGAUCCUGUUCCUCCCGUCAUUACUGGGAUUAAAGUUCUUGAGAACACAACUAAGACACCAAGUAUGCAAAAGCAACUAGACAAGACAAACUCAAAAACUCAGCCAUAAUGAAAGAAUAUAAUCCCAGUAGAGGGGAAAACUGUAAUCCCAGCAAGGGGGGAGGGGGGAAUUUUAACAAGAAAAAGCCAGGCAACAAUACAAAAAUCAAUAGAAUUGUUUCACUAAUCUAAUAAUUCUAUAUUUCAUCAGUUCAUUAGUGGUUUUCACAUUAAGGUCCCUCAAAAUUCAGAGUUAAGAUGCUGCCAAAAUGAGUGGUUUCUCAAGUCAAAGAAAAUACUCAAAUUGAUAUCCUUGAAAGUUUCUCCAAUAAAAUUUAAACAUUUUGCAUAUUGUUCAUUAAGCAGUGGGUCAAAUAUUAAAUAACAACUAAUAUUAAUAACACUUGCAAACAGCCUACCAUGCCUAGCUACUUGUGAUUUUCACAUCAUUUAACGAUUAGAUACAACUGAAACUGACAUUAAUUUCAUGACAUCAGUCUGGCAAAUGUCCAGGACUAUCAAUAUUCCUGGUACCAGAGCAAACUUAAGAAUCACUGAUUUGGGUCACUAAUACCCUAUUAAAAAUGAAGAUAUGUGAAAAGGUCUCCCAUUUAUCGUUUUUACACAUUAUAUCCAUAUUGACCUGUCUAUGCCAAUUGUUUUCUCUAACAUCUAGCAGACAUCAUCUGCUAGGAAACUUGGUUAAGUACAAUAAAGCAAUAUAAGAACAA